CAUAUGUACAUCGUAUGAGUUAUCAGCGCCAUUGCAUGCCACGGUUUAUUAUUUACUUGAUCGUGUUGCAAUUAAGAUGCAAAUAACUGUUUACCGAGGAAAAGCACGAUUGUCAAAGAAUUUGAAACAAACGAUUAGAAACGCCAUUAAAUAAUUAUUCGAAGAGAUGUCUUAAAAAUGACGUAAGUUCGAAAAUGUUUAAGGACAAGUUCGAUAGAUUGUCACCUGUCCGUUGUCAUUUGUGAUAAUCGGCAUGGGACGUGCCAACUCACCUACUAUCAGUUAGAUACUAUUUGUAUUACGACGGUAUGUGUUUAUUAAAGGAUUGCUUAUAGCUUACAAUGAAAUAGAUUUUUAUAGUAAGUCUGUAAAAGAGAAUCGCGAUACGAUGGCGAACGCAGCUGUCGGGACAAACUCGGAAAAUAUUUCCAAAUUUUUGGAGUCACUGCAAACUGAUUUGAAAGCCCUCGCUUCUGAAACGAAGAAGAAGUAUCCGCACAUCAAAGAAUCAUGCGAAGAGGGAAUCACGAAAAUACGAACUACAUCAAAUGCCUUAGGUGCUCCUAUUUAUUACAUUGUAAAUCAAAUCUUGUACCCUUUGGUUCAAGGCUGUGAAAGCAAAGACGUGAAGAUUAUUAAGUUUUGUUUAACUAUAAUGCAAAGGUUAAUUACACAACAAGCUGUUGAUCAAAAAGGUGCACGUUACAUUACGGACACAUUAUGGAUGUUGAUGGAGUCUGGAACAGAAGAAGUCAAAGUGUUACAGACUGUAACUUUGUUACUCACAAGUAAUACCAUUGUGCAUGGUGAAACACUCGCAAGGAAUCUAGUUCUUUGCUUUCGUUUACAUUUUACAAAAGAUAGUACAACAAUCAACACAGCAGGAGCCACUGUAAGACAACUAGUGUCAUUGGUGUUUGAACGUGUUGUUGCAGAAGAUGAACAAAGUCCUGAUAAUGAAGACUCAGAUGACAUUAAUUUAGAAGAACUGAAAAUCCCUACUAAUCAGGCACCUAAAGGUUUAGGACCAUGUGCUGCUGAUGCAUAUUUAAUGUUUCAAGAUUUAGUUCAAUUGGUAAAUGCGGAUCAACCUUACUGGUUAAUCGGUAUUACUGAAAUGACACGUACAUUUGGAUUGGAAUUAUUAGAGUCUGUUUUAACAAACUUCUCUUCAGUUUUUUUCAAGCAUCCAGAAUUUAGUUUCCUCUUGAAAGAAAGGGUUUGCGCCCUUGUAAUUAAACUUUUUUCACCAAAUAUCAAAUAUCGUAAUUCUGUCCCGGCAUCCUUACAACAAGCCACACCUUUGGAUAAACCCUAUUUCCCUAUUAGUAUGAGACUUCUUAGGGUUGUAUCCAUAUUAAUACAGAAAUAUCAUUCCCUUUUGGUAACAGAAUGCGAAAUAUUUUUAUCCUUGAUUGUGAAAUUUUUGGAUCCAGACAAGCCGACUUGGCAGAGAGCUUUAGCUCUGGAGGUUUUACAUAAGAUGACAGUGCAAGCUGAUCUUCUUACAAACUUCUGUGAAUGUUACGACUUGAAACCUCACGCAACUAAUAUCUUUCAAGAUAUUGUUAAUAGUUUGGGUGCCUAUGUACAUAGUCUUUUCGUUAAUCCACAAAUGAUGAAUCAGAGUAAUAUGGCGGCAGGUGCAGCAAUACCACAAAAUACUACGUCUCCGUUAUUCACGGGAAUGCCAAUUGGCCCUGGUGUUUCACCACAGCCUGGUUUUUAUUCCCGUGGUAUUUGGUUGCCGGUAGUCGCAACCUUCACAAGUGGUCAAGCAAAAUCUACCUAUUUGGAUAUGCUCGAUAAAGGUGAACCACCACAAAUACCAAUAGGCUAUGGAAUCAGUAUAGCUUAUGCAUGUUUAUUGGACAUUAUACGAUCCAUUGCCCUUGCUAUUAAUGGCUCCGGCGAAGCUAUGACAGGAAAUCAAUCAUACAAACCGAUCGAGUCUGAACGAAAACUUCAUACUCAGCUUAUUAAUUCAAGUUGGUGUGGUUUACUAGCCGCAUUGAGCCCUCUGAUCGAUGCUAGCACCGACGAAUCUGCGACAGAAAAUGUACUGAAAGCUAUCCAGAUCUUCGCAUCCUUAUGUGGACAAUUGGAACUACAAACUCCUCGUGACGCGUUCAUCACAGCGAUAUGUAAAGCCUCAUUGCCACCUCACUAUGCGUUGACAGUACUGUACAAUGCUCCACAAGGUAUACCAAGUGCAAGACAACAAGAGUCUGCUCAGUAUAAUUUGACUAUGGGAGAACCGGAUUACCGACAACAGGUUGUAGCUGUCGGUACUCCACUACCCACUGCAUCUUUGCCUGUUGGUGCACACCAGGGCCCCGUGAUGCUAACAGCAAAGAAUCUGCAAUGCAUGCGUGCAUUACUAUCACUCGCGCAUUGUCAUGGCAGUAUACUUGGUGGUGCAUGGCAUUUGGUACUUACAACAUUGCAACAUCUUGUCUGGAUACUCGGUUUAAAACCCUCUACAGGGGGAUCCUUGAAAGCCGGCAGGACUGCUGCAGAUCCAAAUGCAGUACUUACAAAUGCAGUAAUGGCGGAUCUACCUGUUCUCAGCGCCAUGCUUAGUAGAUUAUUUGAAAGUAGUCAGCAUUUAGAUGAUGUAGCUCUUCACCACUUAAUAGAUGCUCUUUGCAAACUGAGCCAUGAAGCGAUGGAGCUAGCUUAUUCCAAUCGAGAACCGUCGUUGUUCGCUGUUGCUAAACUGUUGGAAACUGGUUUGGUGAAUUUGCCUAGAGUGGAGGUUUUAUGGAGACCAUUGACAAAUCACUUGCUGGAAGUUUGUCAACAUCCGCACAUUCGUAUGAGGGAAUGGGGAGUGGAAGCUAUCACAUACCUUGUUAAAAUGGCACUUCAACAUAAAUAUCCCCAGCCUUUGCGUGAUAAUCAAAAGUUGCAGACGUUACUGUUGGGACCACUGUCCGAGUUGUCAUCGGUGCGUCAUGGUGACGUGAGGCAACGUCAGCUGGAAUGUGUUCUGCAAGUUCUACAUGGUGCUGGAGAGACAUUGUAUCAUGGAUGGCCCUUGGUACUUGGUAUCAUCGGAGCAGUGUCCGAUCACCAUGGGGAGGCUUUAGUUAGAAUAGCUUUUCAGUGUUUACAAUUGGUAGUAACUGAUUUUCUGCCAGUGAUGCCUUGGCGGUGUCUUCCACUUUGCGUCGACACGGCUGCUAAAUUUGGUUCACAAACUCAAGAAUUAAAUAUUUCACUGACUGCUGUUGGAUUGAUGUGGAAUAUAAGCGAUUAUUUUUAUCAAAAUCAAGAGAAACUUUGCGUUUCUUUGAAAGGAGAUUCGUCCUCUGUAUUUCCGGAUUUUCCUGGAACAACAAAUAUGCCGGCGUUUGAUAAGCUUUGGAUGUGCCUAUAUACAAGAUUAGGGGAUUUAUGCGUGGAUCCCAGACCUGCAGUGCGCAAGUCAGCCAGUCAAACUUUAUUUUCAACAAUAUCCGCACAUGGUAGUCUGUUGCACCAGCCAACAUGGCAGGCUGUUCUCUGGCAAGUUCUUUUUCCAUUAUUGGAUAAAGUUAGAAGUUUAUCUAACUCUGCUAGCAGUGAAAAGGUAGACACUAGUGGAAACAUACUCAUUCAUCACAGUCGAAACACAGCACAGAAGCAGUGGGCUGAAACACAGGUACUGACGUUGAGUGGCGUUGGGAGAGUAUUUAAUACAAAACGCCAGCUUUUACAAAUGUUGGGCGAUUUUCCUAGAGCUUGGUCGCUUUUGCUAGAGUUUAUAGAAAAUUCUGCACUUAGUAAAAAUAACGAGGUAUCUUUGGCAGCUCUGAAAUCGUUUCAAGAGAUUUUGUACCUUCAAAAAGGUAGUGAUAGCAAUGAGGUGAUACAAUCUAACGAUUCAGAAGCAUUAUGGGUUGUCGCAUGGCGUGUGUGGCUUAAUAUUGGAAUGGAAAGUACAACCCCACCGCAAGAAGGUGAAACGGAACCUUACAUACCGUCACAAGCGUUUUUAACAGCAUUAGUUCACAUAUUUCCAGCUGUUUUUCAGCACAUCAGAAACAAAUUCACUGGACCGGAUUUGCAAAAGCUUUGCAUAGUACUGAAAAAUGCCGUGGCAGUUCCGGUGCAUGGUGAGUCAACGCCAUACAUUUUACCUACAAUGCCAGAUGUCGUCCUUACUCAUUUACAGGACGGUGUGCUCCAUUCUAUGGAGCUUCUACAAAAAGAAGCGUUAAAUGGACCCGACAAUCUGCGAACAAUGAUCGUUCUAAUCUUUCUGCAGCUUCUUAGUUUUUCUAAAUUGGCUUGCGAAGCACCCACGUAUGGUAAAAUACCAACAAAACAUAUUUCUCAAGUUAGAGGUGUUUCAGUAACUGACUGGGUCACUAUGAAUUAUGUUCCUUUUGGAGAGAAAGCCCUGUCAAUGGUCGUGACGCUGUAUCAAAAGACAGCUCAUGAGGUAGCUGUAAUAGAAGGACAAGUUUUAAAGCACAUUAUAGAAGCGUUACACGUGCCUUUGUCGAUGAAAUAUGCUUGUCCGUCACCGACUACUUGGAAAUUAGCUGUUACUAGUCUGCUUGCUGUUUUGCACACUGGUUUGCCACUAGCCAGAAAAUGUCCAGAACAAUUUCAGAGUAUGUGGCCAGAACUCGCGAGUACCUUAGAUGAUUUUUUAUUCCCCAAAAGCGUAUUAAGCGUGGAACGGGGCGUAGAAGAGAUUCAAGCAGACGAAGCUGUAGAUUGUCAAGUGAUGGAACUUUUGCGUGAUGAAGUUUUGCCACAUUCACAAUAUAUACCUCAUCAGUUUAUCUUACGUGUGGUAAUGCUCUUAAAUAAAGGCUCUAUACAUUCAGCAACCACAGCUAACAUUGAAAAUAGUGGUGAAACAAAAUUGAGGGAAGAGUUUGCGAAGACAUGCUUCGAAACGUUGCUACAAUUUUCUCUUUUGGAUGGUUUAAAUACUGAGUCGGAGCACGAUUCGUCAAAAAAUACUGAAAAUGACGAAGGAGGAGUAGCUGGAAGAUUGGCAGUCACUGCUCUUCUUCAUAGGUUCCAAGAAGUAUUGCGACGAUAUAUAGAAAAUGAAAGGCGUAGUGGAAAAUGUCCAUUGCCCAGGUACAGAUUAUCAGAAAUAUCAUUUGUUUUGAAAGCAGUAGCGACGCUUGUUGUGUCGUUAAAAAAGGCACCCCCAAAUAAAGUUGAAAAAUCCGUUUGGGAGCAACUGAUUGGAUUAUAUCCCUGUCUAGUAGAAUGUACAAUUGCUACCGCAUCGGGCCAAGUUUCAAGAUCUUUACGCGAAGCUUUGCUGCAAUACCAUGAUCUGUUGAGGCCACCAAUUCAAAAUUCCACAACGUCCAAUGGCGUUUGACCACUACAUUCUUUACUUCUAUCUCGAAAUAGUGAUGUUUGCUACAGCGCCAAGUAGUGAACUUCUCGUAACCAUGGUUACAUGUAUAAUAAAAUUCGUUACAAAGUUUUUACUUCCACGUACACGUAAGGCAAAGUGUGAAGUACCAAGGUGAAGUACCGCUAGCAAUAUUUUCCUCUACACAUGCUAAAAAAUUUUUCUCUUCAUACAUUUUUCAUCGCUGUUUCAACAAGUGAAGAAACUUAAUGCCAUUUUUUGUUUACAAGAUAAAAAAUUAUUUUGAUUUUGUAAAUUGCAGUAGUUUUUUGUAUAGAUACGUGGUUACUAUUAGUAGACUAGCGAUAAAGUACAAAAGGAAACAACACUUUAGUUAUUUAUUUUAAAUUUCCAGAGUGUAUGUUGUUUUAUGUAAUUAUGAUCGUAGAAAAAGGCCUUUCCUUCGUCAGAAAGGAAAGUUUCGAGAUAACGGAACAAUACUACACCACAUGUGACAUUUAAAGAUAAUGAAAGCUGCAUAUAAUUUCUUUUGCAUUUGACAUUAUCAUCUAUAAACAGCAGAAGCUUACAUAAUAUAAUGUGGUCUCAUAUGUGAGUGAAAUAGCACACGAGCAAAUAUAGCAUUAGGAAGUCGAAGCAAGUAUACAAAAGAUUGUAUUAAAUAGCUAAUUCGUAAGUGCAAAGUAACUAAUAACUACAAUUUAUACACAUGCCAUUCUGCUGUACAUAGUCGAUGUACAAGUUGGCUUUUUCUAAUACACAUUGUAAAUAUCGAACUAAUCAUGAUUAGUAUACAGUAUAAGACGAUUUUAUAAAUAAUAUAAAAUUAUUAUUCGCUAUUCUUACAAUGAUAUAUGAUAUCGAAAAAAAUUUAUGAUAUAAUAAUGUAAAUAGUUACACAAAAAUUCAAUAAAAGUCUGAAAUAUUUA